AUGGACCAACAAGCACCCCAAGGUUUCUGGACUAACAUUUUGGGACAAAGGUCUGUAGUGGAUACCAACGGUGCUAGAAAUCCUACAGUAGUCCUCAGUGGGCCUCACGAUCACCUGGGUCCACCUCCUCCGCUCCCUCGUCCGUCAGACAGUUUGCUGGAUGGCGAGAAGACCGGAGCCACCUUGCUGUUCUCUGGAGUCUUCAUCACCCUGGUUGGUAUCACCUUCACCACCAUGGGAUGGCAACGCUAUCAAGACAAGCCCAGCUUUGAGUGGCCCCAACUGCUGGGCCCCAUCCUGAUCUCAGUCGGAUGCACUUUUGUGUUAACCAGCGUCUGCAAAUUUGGGAUCAUCUCCUGCUGGCGUUCCAGACAGUGGGAUGAGGACGUGCUGGUGAUGCCUGUCACAGAGCAAACCUCGGCGGGACAUUCUUUUACACUGAGCGGCAUAAAUCAACCGAUCAUGUUACGUGGUGGCACGACGAUGCUGUGUAUUCCACCUCCGUAUAACUUUAACCUUCCUCCACAUGACGCUGCGUGCUGUGCGGAUAACGCAGCGUUCACAGCAGACGAAGCAGACGGCUCAGACCUAAGAGGAAGCAGGAUUCAGAAGACGGAGGAUGAGCGAGGACGCGGUGAGGAGAACGGUUCGGCUCCUGCACAGCCACCUGCGUACGAAGACAUAUGCCCAUCCUAUAACAGGCAAAAUCUACACAUCUAA